GCGCGCAGGGUUGUUACAGUGUGGAUUGUGGACCUACAGAGAAAAAGUUUGCACGGGAUAUUCUAGCGCACAGGAGGAAAAGUUGUUGGGAAGAUGGCAAACAAACUACAGCAGCCUCCACAUCUUCAUCUGGCGGAAUUGAGCGCCACCCAGUUCAUCGACAUCUGGAACCAUUUCGAUACCGACGGCAAUGGCUAUAUCGAGGGCAAGGAACUGGAGAACUUCUUCAGGGAGUUGGAGAUUUCACGGAAAGGGGCCAGAGUGGACCCAUCAAACUCCACUUUCAAAGAGAAGAUGAAGGAGUUCAUGCAAAAGUUUGACAAGAAUGCAGAUGGGAGAAUUGAGAUGUCUGAGCUCGCUCAGAUUUUGCCCACAGAGGAAAACUUCCUGCUUUGCUUCAGAGAGUUUGUGGGAUCCAGUUCUGAAUUCAUGGCAGCAUGGCGACGAUACGAUACAGAUCGCAGUGGGUACAUUGAAGCUAAUGAACUGAAGGGAUUCCUCUCAGACCUGCUGAAGAAAGCCAACAGACAUUACGAUGACCAGAAGCUUCACGAGUACACACAGACAAUACUCAAGAUGUUUGAUCUAAACGGAGAUGGGAAGCUGGGCCUGUCUGAAAUGGCGAGGCUUCUCCCAGUUCAGGAAAAUUUCUUACUGAAAUUCCAGGAUAUCAAGCUGACCUCUGAGCAGUUCAGUGCUAUCUUCACAUUCUACGACAAGGAUGGAAACGGCUACAUUGAUGAGCAGGAGCUCGAUGCUCUGUUGCGUGACCUCUAUGAAAAGAACAAAAAGGAGGUGGACACCAAAAACCUGACUGGCUACAAGAAGAGCAUCAUGGCCCUGUCGGACGGGGGCAAGCUGUAUCGCUCCGAGCUGGAGAUUGUGCUCUGCAGGGAGCCCAUGCUGUGAACCCUGACAACCAUCGCUGUCUGUUUUUUGACCUUCAUGACCCUAUCUGCCCAUCCCCAGAUCACACCCACCUCCAGCUGCCUGACGACUGUAACCAGGUGCAUGUGCCGGGCAUUCCCUUUAUGAGUUUUGAAUGAAUGUGCACUGAGAGGCACACACCAGCUCUCCCUCACGACCCCUGUCGACACUCUUCCCUACAGACUGACGUUGCCUUCGGCUCAAUCCCUAAACUCUACAUUUAACAAAAUGAAUAAAGAUAAUAAAAGGUACUUCUGCUAAUUAUGAUUGCAAUGUGAACAGGAGCGGAAUGAAAAUGAAUAUAAGAUGAUUUAUUCUCAAUGCUUGGUUUGACUUUCCUCUUCUCUUUUUCUCCCAAAUCCACCCUUUAAUUGGGACUUGCGACAGCAAACGUCCCACUCUAAAUCUUUGUCAUACUUCUGACUUUUUAUUAAUGGAACAUGCAUAAUGGGACUUGCGACAGCAAUAAUUAUUUCUAACUUCUAGUUAUUUUUAGAACGCUACACCUCUUACACAGUUUAAGCUAGAAACUUUAAAAUGCUUAGACAGACCUGGAAUAGUGUGCUAUUAUACAACUUUUUGAUAACAUUUAUACUUGUUUAAACUAUUAAGCUUUUUGUUUUUCUUAUCCUCCUCCAUCAACGUUCAAGGGAUUUCCUCAACAUUCUAAAUGGGCCCAUUGUGACAUUAUGACACCAGUAGUCUUUAGGUCAUUAUCAAUAAAACGUCACACACAA